UAGGUCAACCGAAUAUAUAGUGAACGACAUGUUUUCAUCUUCCGUAUUCCGACCCCGACCUUGUUACGACGAAUCUGCUUCGGAGUGUUCGGUUCCACUUAAAAUGGAUGAGGACGAAACAUCUACCUCUUUCUUUGACAAGAUUUCUAGUUUUUCAAUUGUAUUGUUCUUUGUGAUUUCCUAUCUUACGUACUAUUUUCUCUUUGUUGUAAAGAAACCUCGUUUAGCAUGCAGAGACAAAAAGUUUAGAAAUUUCUUGUUGGACUACUGUCCCAUACUCCAUGAAAAAUUCAAACCAACUAUUUGGUGUUUUGAAUCCAGAGCACAAACAAUUGUCCGAUCUAUAAUGAAGUCUUCUCCAAAAAUAACUUAUGAGAGUGAACUUGUUGUGCUUCCAGAUGGGGGGCAGCUUCUGUUAGACUGGUUUGAUAACAAUGAUUCUAAAUUUAAAGAUGUAAAAACUCGUCCGACGGUCCUCUUGUUACCAGGACUUACAGGGACCAGUAAUGAGUCUUAUAUCACACACCUGGUUCAUCAGGCGGCACAGCAGGGCUACAGGUCUGUGGUGUUUCACAACAGAGGAAUGGGUACCCAGUUACUGACUCCCAAGACGUACUGUGCAGCUAAUGUCGAGGACCUGACCUAUGUGAUAAACCUACUCAAGGAUCGCUUCCCGGUGGCUCCAUUUAUUGGAGCGGGAAUAAGCCUGGGGGGGAUGAUGUUAUUUAACUACCUUGCCAAGCUGGGAGACCAGUGUAGACUGGAGGCUGGUAUGUGUAUCUCUGUGGCCUGGAAUGUGUUUGAGUCGGUUUUGGAGAUAGAGAAACCAGGCCUGAACCGACACGUGCUGAACCGAACUCUGGCCAAGGGUCUGGUUAGUCAUGUCAAGAAUAACAUGGCUCUCUUUGACCAGCAUUUGGAUGACAUUGAUGAUGUUUUGAAGUCUUCCACCAUUCGAGAGUUUGACUCCAGGUUCACGGCCAAAAUGUUUGGGUACUCAUCGUGUGACGAUUACUACCACGCUGCCACGCUUCACAACAAGAUCCACGCCCUCAGGGUGCCUGUCCUGGUCCUCAGCGCUGAAGAUGACCCCUUCUCUCCCUCUCAUGCCAUACCAGCAGAGGAAGCUGAGCAGAAUGACAACAUCGCCAUAGUAAUCACCUCUCACGGCGGCCAUAUUGGAUUCAUGGAGGGGCUGUUCCCACGACACGAGGGCUACAUGGACCGCCUGUUCGCUCAGUAUAUCAAGGCUGUGUUUACUCACGGUCCCCAGCACCUCAAACAGGACUGACCGGUCACCAACCAUGGCACAAUAAUCUGGGGCAUUGAUUGACCUAAUUAAUCUGUCAACGUGUUCAGUUAGGUAACUCACUUUAGGAAUGUCUCAUCCAAUGGGUAGAAUUUCUAAAAAAAUUUACAAUCUCACAAAAUGGUCUGUACAGACAUAAUCCUGUUUAUCACUGAGUAUAGUUGAUUCUGCUAUAACAAAUGCUUUACAAAUAUCAGCUCUUCCUAGGACUGUUAUAGUGUUCUUGACCUAAUAACUUUAUGAUUGAUAUUUCUGUUAUGAUCAAAGCUCAAGCUGUGUUCAUUAGGAGUUUUACAGUUAUGAAAUAAUGCCAGUAGCUCUCUUACCUGUAGAGGGCUUGUGAGUGGGGGUCCAGAGCCCCAACCAAACACUCUAAAACUUAGACCAUGAUGUAAAUUUGUAGUCAGUGGGGAUUAGUACACUUAACAAACAUUUUUCAUGUUGGACAUGGAAACAUUUACUAUAUAUUUAAUAUUUUUUUCUGGUGAAGAGUUGAGUCUGAAAAAGUUCAGUAAACCUAAAGAUUGGCCUAAGGCUUCAAAGCUGACAUGAAUUCAUAAAGAUGCAUUAUUCCUCCAACUUCUACUAUUUCCUGAUGUACAUGUACUUCUGAACUUGUAUUGGUUCACGUAUUGCUAGACACCUGAUAUGUGGUGAUCUAAUUAUGAAAUAAGGACGUGUAUUGUUAUUGCAAAUUUACCAUGAAAAUGAUUAGAAAGCUUUUAGACUGUUAUAUACCAGUAAUCAAAUUUUACAAAUAUGUGAACAAAAUCUGUUUUAUACACACUUGUAUAACCAUAGUGAUUAGGUGUGCAUGUAUGACGUGUUUGAUAAUAGUUAAUCCCGAGACUAAAAGUAGAUGUCUGUUUGGUGAUAUAGGACCAUUGUUGCAAGCACUGUAUUGUAUCAAAUGAAACGGAAUCAUCCAGGUAUGUCUCCUUUGGAAUAAGUGUAACACCAUAACUUGACAGCGUAUGUUCUUAUUAUCUAAUUAUUAUAAUUAUAUACAAACCUCAUUUAGUAUAUUUCAGGAUGUAUUUACAUUUUUCAGUGUCUUUGUUUGUGAUAACUCUACGUAUUGAUUUUGUACUAUAUAACCCAUUACUUUGUAUAAUCGGGGCGCCAGCUGGGUUUGCUUAUUUAUAUUUACAUAUUUAAUCGUACAAUGGUUAAAAAUUAUAUAAAUACAUUUAUAAGUAAUAAGGAAUCAUUCUUUGAAUACUAUGAGGUGAUGAUUUCGGUCCAGGCUUUAUUGGAUUUGAUCAAGCCCCGACCGAAAUUAUCACCUCAUAAUAUUCAAAGAAUGAUUCCUUAUUCCUUAAAUAGUUGUGAUAUCUCUGUGAUAUUUGAGCCUAGGGUAAUGAAAGUUAAACUUUCCUAGUGGUAACAGUUUACCAAGGUUAGACUUAGGAACUUAGACAGAUAUAGAGCUCCAGUUAAAUAAUAUUAACUCUCCUAAAGACUAUCUUAAUCGUAUGGCAAUCUUCAUUAUAAUGGCUAUGGAACUUUUUCUUUGUUUGAACUGUAAUUUUGUCUUUAGAAGGAAUGAUUUGGGGUUGGGCACACUACAAUUUUGACAAGUAAUUUCUCUUACCGGUAAUUCAUAUUCAGCUGUUUUGUUGCAAUUUAUUGAUAAAUUAUGUGUAUAUGUAAUGUCUUUAUCUAGUGGGACACCUUGCACUGUCUGUAACUGUACUACAUGUUCUGAUUGUAUACCAGAUAUUUAUUAUGUUGCACCAAAAAUGCCUCUCUGUAGAAAUCGAUAUUUACAUUCGACCCAUCAAAUCCAACGCUGUUGAAACUAGUCAUGUUCUGUAAAUCCCUUUUAAUUUGUAAAGAACUUUUUUACGUCUAUGGAUUUGUGAGACUUCAAACCAUCUUAGUUCUCAAUCAUAAAUAUUAAAAUGCAAGAACAGGUAGAUAUUUUGAUCAAUGAUAAAUUACCAUUUCCAUAUGUAUCACUAAUAAAUAAAUUGCUGUUUUCAUGCAGCAAUUUUUUAUGGAAAAAUAAAAGGGAUCUGCAGUAGUAUUGCUUAGGAAUAUUGAGAAUUUCCAGAGUUGUUUCCCUUUCUGUUUGUCACAAUGUCUCCAUUGAAUUAUAAGGUUUACAUCAGUCGUGAUAUCUUUUGAAAAAGCUGGAGUAGAUGUUAAAGUAGGUCAAAAUCUGCUAUUAUGCUAUGUAUUGCUGAGACAAUUUUCUUCAAAUGGAUCUAUGAUAUGCCAAAAAAAUUUGAUAUUGGGCCACCUUUAUAAAAAAGAAAUUUGUUUGCUCUCCCCAUACGGACUAACGAAAAGGUACCUGACUCAAUCUGAUCUAUUUUCGUAUUUUAUUUGAGUAACUUAAAAAAAAAUGUAACCAGGUACAUACAAAAUUUCAAAACUGUAUCGUUUUUACAUUUGAAGCUAAUCAAGGUGUAAUACUUCCAAUCCCAAGUGCUCGAGAUAUUUACAAAUUGAAAUAAGUAAAAUGUAUGUGUAUAACACAUAUAUGUAUUUUUUACAUUUUCCAGUGUGUUUGUUUGAGAUAAAACUACGAAUCGAUUUUGUAAUGUAUAAUCCAAUACAUUUCAUCAAUGACUAUUUUAUAUAUAUAAUUGUACAAUUGCUGAAAAUUAUGUAAAUAUAAGAACAGGGUAAUAAGGAAUCAUUCUUUGAAUAUUAUGAAGUGAUCAAAUACAGUCGGGCAUUAUCAAAUCUAUCAUAAAGCCCUUCAAGCUUUUUUAGAUUUGAUCACUUCCAACCAUAUUUGAUCACCUCAAAAUACUCAAAGAAUGAUUCAUUAUUCCUUAAAUAGUGUAUAAAGAGUUAAUAUAUAGGUUAAGUUGUAUCUGUAUUACUAGUAACUCUGAUUUGAAUGAUUUGAGAUGUUUGUUAGCUUUUUGAACACAAUGUUUUAUAUUGGUGCUUUGUUUUAUUUUGUCAUAGAUUCUAUCUUUGUUUGGAUGUCAAUGUAUUUUGAUUAUUUAUUAAUUGAUGCAUAUAUAGCACAUUAAAUCUUGCCAGUUACAGA